UUUCCGUGACCCGGAAGUGUUUCUUUAAUGUUGCUCACAAGACGCAAAUUGAUACAAGACGUUAAUUCAGAAGUUUGUUUCCAGAACAAGACAUUAUUGAUUAGAGGAAGUGAUAAGUGGUAAAAAACGAGCAUAUUACAUGUUGUAGAGUUUCCGUAUAGAAAUUAACAUAUCAGGUUCCUACACAGUCCUCGUUGGACCACCAAACUCAGGAUGUCGUACAUCACGGAAAUUGCUGUUUCCAUUAAUGAUGAUCAGGAGCAAGGCCUACGGAAAAAAGGUUUCAACAAAAUCUAUGUUGAUCUGAACGAAGGUGCAGGAGGAAACUAUAUUUUCCUCUGGUACAAGAAGGGCAGCAGCAAUCCCAUCACCAGAUUGCAGGUUACAUUCACAGAUGACAUGCAAAUUGGUUUGAGAAACGCAGGUUACCAUCAGGUGGAUAAAGACCUCAACGCUGGGGCUGGAGGAGAUUACAUCCAUCUCUGGUACUACAAAGGUACAACUGAGUAUGACAACCCUAUAGUGGAUCUUAAGGUUACCAAAGAUGCAGAAGAUGAAGCCCUAUUUUACCAGAAAGGCUGGGAACGACUGGCGUGUGACCUGAAUCGCAAAGCUAAAGGCAAGUGGAUCCGUGUUUGGGUGAAGAAAGAGAAGAAGAUGUACAUCGCUGACAUCAAGGCAACUACCUCUUUUGCAUUUGAUCACGAGUAUUUUUCCCAGGGCUACACCCGUGUGGAUGAAGAUGUGAGCCGAGGUGGAGGAGGAGCCUUUGUCUUUCUUUGGUAUCGUCAGUCCCUAACACAGUCCCAAUGGAUCAAUCACCUGGAUGUCUCCACUAACUGCAAAGAAGAGCAAAACCUUGAGGAACAGAGUUAUACCUGUGUUGGUGUUAAUCUCAAUGAUGGAACAGAAGGCAACAAGAAGAUACAUGCCUGGUACAAGAAGGGUUCAGACCAUCCCAUCCAGACCAUCACUGUAAUCUUUGAACACGAAGUGAGUCCUUAUGAGAAGGCUGGCAUCCAAGUCAUUAGAAAAGAUCUGAAUACAGGCAACAAGGGCGAUUACUUGUACCUGGCAUACCCAUGAAAGCAUGAGUGGGAGGGGUUUCAUCAAAGUCUAUUUUAUUUUUCAAGAAUAUUUAGUUUUUUUGAUAUUUUGUCUUUUUACUAUUUUCUAUAGAAUAUAGGGUUUAAAUGGUUUGCAAAGUAUAGCAUUCUGUUUUUAUUUCCAUAUUACACAGCGUCCCAACUUUUUUGGAAAUGGGGUGAAAUCUUCCAAGACGUCCAAUAUGUAACAUGUUAAAGAAAACCUGCGGAUCAAAGGCACUUAAACAGUCUUGUGAUUUAAUGCUUGUAAUCAGUAAACAUAAUCCGAAAUGUAAUCUUCUAAACAGAUUGUAUUUGAGAUGUCAAUUUAUUGUUGAUACUGCUUCUGCUUUGUGAUACUGGACAAUGGAAAUCAUGCAUUUCUUUGCUGGCAAAUAAAAAAACAU